GCUAUUACUCUAGUGUUAUUAUUCGGAUCGAGAGCACGUUAGUUUCAGUAUGUUAGACGGAGGUAGUGGUACUGUGAAAACGGUGAAUAUGGUAGAAAUAAAACCCAAACCUAAGUGUUGCCGGAAUUUAUUCGGUUCUCCGAGUGAAAAGGAGAGAGACUGCAUGAACAAAUUGUACAAGGAAUUUUUGAACGAGGACAUAAAAGUGGCGAAAGAGAAAUACGAUUAUGACAUUUCAAAGGAUAUCCCACUAUCAGAUAGGUGGGAACUUGCAACGACAGCUCCUGAAUUUUACACAAGACUUUAUACAUCAAAACAGGAACGACUAAAUCCUCUGAAGAGGAGAUUGGAAAGUGACACAGAGAAAAGUGAGACCGGGAAUAAUUCAACGUGCAAUAACACACCCCCUGUUCUAAAACAGACAAAGAUGCCAAAUUUCAUGAAGAAGAGAAAGAGGGCCGAUUUACCCCCAUCGCCGAGUUUGACUAAGCAACUGCGGCUGUAGCCCCUUUAUCUGAAGGGCUUAUAAUGAAUUUAGUGCUAGAAACAGGGACCUACAAUGGAGGGCCAGAUCUGCAAAAAUGCUAGGAGUUUCCAUGCAGGAUUGUUUUGCCAAAGAGCGCCCGAUUCUUGCCAAAUUCCCGAGACCUACGCUUAUAUAACAGUUUUGUUGGGACUUAACGUGUAUGGAAUGAAGA